UGACGAUGUGCGAGGGGAGCGAGAGAUCCGCCACGCAUGAUGAGAAGCAAGAAAGAACAUGAGGGGUGGUGCCCUUGACGAGCAGCACAUAAGGAGCUCGAGCAGAACCAGACCUCUCAAAGACCGCAACCCGGGUCAGAGUCUAGGGCUGCGGGACUGGAGCAGCCGGAUCAGUAGGUGCGACUUCUCUGGUAUCGCUGUUGGCUCCACCUGGCAAGAAGGGAGAAGAGGGGAGAGGGAAGGGUCUUCACGGACGGAGGCAGCAUCACUGACUGAAGAUGCCUGAAGCAUCAGCCACCAGCACGUGACAGCCAAGCCACCUCGGAGCGCUUCUCCGUCAGAACAGAAGAUCCAGCCGAAAGUGCCCUCUCUCAGGUGGCUCCUGCUCUGGACUUCACAGACCUCUUCCCUUUAUUUCGAGUCAUGUCUCAUCCAGAGAGAUGGGAAAGCUCGACGACAACGAGAGGAUAAUCCUCAACGUUGGCGGUACCAGGCACGAGACGUACCGGAACACCCUGAGGACGCUGCCCGGGACUCGACUGGCCCUCCUGGCGUCCGGGUCCGACACGGAGUCCGUGCUGGAGCAGCUGCAACAAGUCCACGGCUUCAUCGAAUACAACGCCAAGAACAACGAGUACUUCUUCGACCGCCACCCGGGAGUCUUUGCUUAUGUGCUCAACUACUACCGCACGGGGAAGCUGCACUGCCCGGCCGACGUGUGCGGACCCCUGUUCGAGGAGGAGCUCUGCUUCUGGGGCAUCGACGAGACGGACGUGGAGCCGUGCUGCUGGAUGACCUACCGGCAGCACCGUGACGCCGAGGAGGCGCUCGACGUGUUCGACAUGAACGUGGACAACGGAGACGCGGACGAGGACGAGCUCAACAAGCGGCUGGGCAUCGAGGACGUGGUGUCCCCCGACGGCAAAGUGAGCCGCUGGAAGCGAUGGCAGCCGCUCAUUUGGAAUCUCUUCGAGGACCCUUACUCAUCCAGGGCGGCCAGGUUUGUGGCCUUCGCAUCCUUGUUCUUCAUUCUCGUGUCCAUCACCACCUUCUGCCUGGAGACCCACGAGGCAUUCAACACAAUCAUCAACAAAACAGAGCUCAGAAGGAAUGACAGCCUGGACCUGGGACCGCAGUACGAGAUAGAGACAGACCCGGCCCUGACGUAUGUGGAGGGUGUCUGUGUUCUCUGGUUCACCAUUGAGUUCCUGGUACGGGUAACUUUCAGCCCAGACAAGCUGGAGUUUGUCAAGAGUGUCCUGAAUAUCAUUGACUUUGUGGCCAUCCUGCCCUUUUACCUGGAGGUGGGCCUCAGUGGAAUGUCCUCCAAAGCAGCUAAGGACGUGCUAGGUUUCCUACGAGUAGUCCGAUUUGUGCGCAUCCUACGGAUCUUCAAGCUGACCCGUCACUUUAUUGGACUUCGCGUGCUGGGCCACACACUGCGUGCCAGUGCCAACGAAUUUCUGCUGCUCAUCAUCUUCCUUGCACUGGGUGUACUCAUAUUUGCCACCAUGAUUUACUACGCUGAGCGCAUUGGUGCCAGCCCCAAUGAUCCCACUGCCAGUGACCACACACAGUUCAAGAAUAUUCCCAUUGGUUUCUGGUGGGCAGUGGUGACCAUGACCACCCUGGGCUAUGGUGACAUGUGCCCAGAGACAUGGUCAGGCAUGGUUGUGGGUGCCCUUUGUGCCCUCGCAGGCGUGCUGACCAUUGCCAUGCCCGUGCCGGUGAUCGUCAACAAUUUCGGCAUGUACUAUUCACUGGCAAUGGCAAAGCAGAAGCUUCCCAAGAAGAGGAAGAAGCACAUCCCAGCAGCCAAUCAGAGCGGGUCCCCUAUUUACGGCAAGUCUGACCUCAAGAUGGCCUGCAACAGCACCCAGAGUGACCUCUGCCGCAGCAAAGGCAGCAGGGUACUGGAAUGCAACAGAUCAGUGCUUUGGCCAGUGUUGUCAGGUGACUGUAGUGGGAGAAGUGAUCUCACCAUGUCUCCGGAGGAGCGACUCCCCAUGAGGAGGUCCAGCACCCAGGACAGAAGCCGCAGGAGUGGUGGCACCUGCUUCCUACUGGCGGCCAGUGACUACGCCUGCUCUGCCGACAGUGGAGCUAGGAAACCAGGCUAUGAAAAGUCCCGGAGCUUAAACAACAUAGCGGGUUUGGCUGGUGGCGCUCUCAGACUGUCUCCAGUAACCUCUCCGUAUGGCUCACCCUGCCCACUGAGGCGCUCUCGCUCGCCCAUCCCAUCCAUCCUGUGAGACUAGGACUCACCAACAGGCCUGGAGAGUGGUUCCCUCCAUUUUUAGAAUUUAGUUUUAUCCACUGGUGGUGUUUACUUUGCAUGCACAUUAAAUUCCUGCUAGCCAACUUAAUGGCAAUAAAAGGACUCCAAGUGGCUCUGGAUUUAGCCAUUAUAUUAAUUAACAAUGUAUUUAAUCAGGGAUACUUGUGUACACAGCUAUAUUUAGAAAUAAGAAAUAUGUGCUUCCAAAAGAUCACUCCACUGGACCUCAUGUCUGUGAUUUUUAUCCAUUUUUUUUUUUUUUGAGAAAAUGUCUGGAAUUGUGUCUUGAAUCACCUGCACGUCUUUCACAAACUUCUGGGCUUGAUCAUGCCUGCAUGGAUCAUUAUGUCACGUUGUCUUAAUAGCAGUGUUUUGAACAUACAAUGAUGCUGGGACAUGGACUGUGCAUUGAACUUGUGUUUGUGCCAUUGGCUGAAACACUACAAAAAAGGAAAUAAAAGAAAAAAAAGGAAUGCGUCAACAAACUACAUACAUAUUUGCAUGUGGAUAUUGCUUCUCUGCUGAUGCUACUGAACGAUCAUUGGAGAGCCGACCAACUGAAAUUUCUCUGGUUGUUUACAUGCAGAUAACUGCAAAGAGGUUGUCGUUACUGGUUAUACGCAAGCAGAGGGCAGCGCUCUGUCUUAAUGGCUGGGGGGAAGGCA